AUGGUUGUGUUUCCUAAAGGAACUCAGGCUAGAGGGCUAUCACCACAGCAACUGGAUUGUAAAGGUCUGAAGAUUCCUCUGUGGAAAAAAGAACCAGAGGAACUCCUGGAUGAGGAUGAUGAUGAGGAAGAAGAUGAAGAGGAAGAAGGUUCAGACGAGAAGGAUUCAGAAGAAAUAGAGAAAGCUUCAGAGAAGGAGGGAGAGUACUGGGAUUCAGAGCAGGAGAAUCAGGAUGGUGAAGGGAAAGACAAAGGCUCAAUCUCUUACUGCCCUCUCCGCCAAGAAUCCAGUAUACCAGAGGUGACGGCCCUGAGGCGCUCAGAGAGCGUAUUUUGGACAUGGCUCAGCCCCCUCUCCCUCCUCUCCAACUUGGCCUUCCCUGUGGACAGGAAGAGGAUCCCACAAGGACAGAUAUGCCUACUGGAAAAGCAGCAGCAGUCUAAGAAGAGCCCUUGUUCCCGUUGUGAGAUUCUCUUCUGCAGGAAAUGCGAGACACUACACUGUGACCCCAACUAUGUGGAACACUGUAUCCUGGACCACUGGGAGGGUGGUGAACCUUCUGAGCAACAGAUACGGAGUGGGACUAGUAGAACCAUGCUAGGUAUUUCAGAUCAGGAAGAAGAAUGUGAAGCAGAGCCAAAAAGCCAUUCUCAGGAGGCCAUUUUGCUUACGACGCCUCAACUCAUGGUCGAGGAGCUUCAAUAA